UUGAUAUUGAGAGUAUAUAGGGUGAUGUUGAGAUAUAUAGAUGGCUGUAGAUAGUUAUUUGGUAGCCUUGCAGUAUAGUUACACAACAGCAUUGAUCAACAUCUACCACCAUAGCCAUCUACACUCUACACUCUACAUAGUAUAGACAGACAGACAGACAGACAGACGCUAUAGACGGGCUGAGUCUGACAAAAGGAAUAAGCGCAUCUGCUCCACAGCCCGUAUCAACUCGACCUUCGACAUGCAACUCCAGCCUCAACAAGAUACCCACACCCACGGAUAUACCCAGAUAGCAUCAACAUACAAUGGACAAGCUGAAGGAAUACGGCCUCCGGCCAGAGUCCCGCGUGCUCAUCAUCAUGACCGGCGGCACCAUCUGCAUGCGCCCGUCGCCCUCCGGCUUCGUCCCAGCGCGCGGCUUCCGCGAGGCCGUCCUCGAGCCGUCGCCGACCUUCAACGACGGCAGCAAGCCGGGCGACCUCGAGGUGGCCGUCGACGGCUCGGGCCAGCGAGUCGCCCAUAGGACGCUGCGGACGCCGCUGAGCAGCUACAACACGCGGGUGCGCUACGCCGUGCUCGAGUUCGACGAGCUGCUCGACUCCAGCUCCAUCGACGCCCGCGGAUGGGCGCAGAUCGCGCGCGCCGUCGCCUGGAACUACACGCUGUUCGACGCCUUCGUGGUGCUGCAUGGGACGGACAGCCUGGCGUACACCUGCUCGGCGCUGAGCUUCAUGCUGCAGAACCUGGGCAAGCCGGUCAUCCUGACGGGCAGCCAGACGCCGAUGCUGCAGCUGCAGAACGACGCCGCGGACAACCUGCUGGGCGCCCUCGUCGUCGCCGGCCACUUCAUGGUGCCCGAGGUCUGCCUGUACUUCGCCGGCAAGCUGUUCCGCGGCAACCGCACGACCAAAGUGGCCGCCAGCGACUUUGCGGCGUUUGCGAGCCCGAAUGCGCCGCCGCUGGCGACGACGAGCUCGACGAAGACGGACGUCGCCUGGCAUCUGGUGCGCAAGCCGACCAGCAUCGAGCACUUCCGCAUCCGCACGAACCUGGACACGACGCACGUCGCCUGCCUGCGCAUCUUCCCGGGCAUCCAGCCGGAGAUGGUCGACGCCGUGCUGCGGCUCGAGGGGCUGCGCGGGCUGGUGCUGGAGACCUUUGGCGCCGGCAAUGCGCCCAGCGGACAGGACAACCGGAUGACCAAGGUGCUGGCCGAUGCCAUCAAGCGCGGGAUAGUCAUCGUCAACGUUACUCAAUGCCUCUCUGGGAGCGUCUCCCCCGUAUAUGCCGCUGGGAUGACGCUCUCCCGCGCCGGCGUCGUGGCUGGCGGCGACAUGACCACCGAGGCGGCCCUGACGAAGCUGGCGUACCUGCUGGCGAUGCACGAUGCGACCCCGGAGUCCGUCGCCAGGGACAUGUCGCUGGACCUGCGCGGCGAGAUAUCAGACCACCACCACCCGCGCUUCCGCCAUCCAGACGGGACCCUGCCGGACCGCGUCAAGGCCCUGACGGCGCUGGGCUAUGCCAUCUCGCACGGCGAUCUCGCCCAGGUGACGGACCUGCUGCGUGGCGGGCAGGAGUGGCUGCUCAACGACCACGACUACUCUGGCAACACCCCCUUGCACCUCGCGGCCACCUCCCCUGAGAUCUCGAUCCUGCGGUACCUUCUGCUGCACGGCGCCUCCGUCCAUCUGCGCAACAACACGGGCAAGACGCCGCUGUUUCUGGCGGCCAACGCCGGCCUGGUCGACCACGUCGAGCUGCUGCGUCGCUCGGGCGCCCACCUGCACGCGGACGAGCUCGCCGUCGCCGAGCUGCAUGCCAGACGGCUGCCCGAUAUCUGGGCUCUGGCGGGCGUCGACGUGCCCUCGUCGACCAGGCAGAACGGCGAGCGAGCGGAAAAGCUGCAGGCAGAAGCAGGCAACCCGGCCAGGCCAGACACAUCUACAGAGACAUCGACAUCCAAGGAAGACGGGGAGUGACGGCGAUGGUGAUGUCGAUGCGACCCCUGGCCGGCCAACCACGCAACCAACCGGCCGGCCAGCUGCGAGUAGUAGUUAUCAAAUAUCAAGCAGCCAGCGAUCGAGACGGCCGAUCCCCAGAUCCCCAGAUCCCCAGCCGGCAGCCGCUUUCUAUACGAGAUAGCUAGACAGGCGAGAUAGCUCGGAGACGCUGGUUAGCCGAGUUGCAGCUGAUCACACACAGUAGAGAGUAGAAGAGGGUAGAAGAGAACACCAAUGGUAGUAAUAUAAUAGAUAUCUCUCCUAUCUGCGUGCUCCUCGCUGUCGCUGCGUCUUUGCCUGCGGUGGCCUUACUUCUCCUUUUCUCCGCCGUCUUUCACCGACUAUUAUAUUGUAUACAAGACAACCACGGCGACAUCAACUACGACGGCGACAUCAACUACGACGGCGACAGCGACAGCGAUAGAGAGAUAGAGACAGCGACUACCACUCGUCCUCAGCGACUGUCGACGCUUACAUGGAGGAUCCUGGCGACGGGAGCGCCGUUCAGCCUUGACUCUCACCCGCCUCUGCCACUGCAUCUACAUCGACAGCGACAUCUACAACAGCACGAGAUACAGAGAUAUACGAGACGGCGAGCUUGGAUGACUGCCUGCCGCUGGCCCCAGACUCGCCCUG